GCGCAGGAAACGCGGAAGAAGCAAGCUAGCGGCUCAGCUGGGUCAAUAGUAGGAGACGCUGGCAACCGGGCUUUCCGACGGCUUUUGCGAGGCGUUCGGGCUCCGAGGAAGGAUUGUUUAUUGCUUUUCAGUGUUGGUUUUGUAAGCUGUUUUGAAGACUUGCUUUUAGUGGAAAGCUCUGACUCGAUCUGGACAGGCUCGAACAUUGGGCCAAAACCACCAAGAUGAAAUUCAGCAGAAACAAAUGUAAGGUCCUGUAUUUGGCAGAUGUGCCCCCUGACAUGGUGAUUGAGGAGCAAAAUGGGAAUGUGCUAGUGCAUCUUGGACCCAAACUUCAAGCCUACCCUGAAGAGUUAAUCCGGCAGCGCUGUGGUCACAGUGGGCAUACUGAAUACCUGAUUCGCUGGAACGUCUUCAGCUUGGAGGAUGGUACAGGAAGCAGCACUGGUGCUUCUUCCACGGAGAGCAAAAUGGAGAACAUCCUAAUGUGGAUGUCUGCGGAAGACAUUUAUGCCAACUGCCCAAAACUGUUAGGCAAGAGGACGCCCAAGGAGCAGCAGGUGGAGGAACAGGCGUCCAGCACAAUCCUUCCUGAGGUCACCUUGGAUGAAUCCUCUCUUUUGGAGAUGAAGGUUGAUGUCAGGAACCUGGUGCAGCGAGCUGCUUGGCAGAUGGCCAACACCACAGUCCCUCAAUCCUCCAUCUUGAACACCAUCCACCUGCUCAGUGCCUAUGCCGGUAUUGGCUCAUUGAUGGGUGCCUUCAAGGAGACGGGUGCCCUGGAUCUGCUGAUGAAGAUGCUAUGCAACGAGGAGAGGCAAAUCCGUCGUAGUGCUAGCAAGAUGCUGAGGGCUCUGGCCUCCCAUGAUGCAGGAAGCAGAGCCUAUGUCCUGUUGUCCCUCAGCCAGCAGGAGGGCAUUGAGCAGCAUAUGGACUUCGAUAGUUGCUACACCCUUCUUGAGCUCUUUGCAGAAACGACUUCCUCCGAAGAACACUGCAUCUCCUUUGAAGGGCUCCACCUCCCUCAGAUUCCCGGGAAGCUGCUGUUUUCUCUGGUGAAGCGCUACCUGUGUGCUACCUCUCUCAUGGACAAGCUCAACAGCACCACAGAGUUGGGAGGGGAGCAUGAGGAUCCUAGGACAAACACUGGCGGGGGAAAGAGGAUUCAUUGUGAGUUUGACUUCAGCAUGGCCAUGGGCAACCUGAUUUUAGAGCUGGUGCAGGUCAUGGGCUGGGAUUGCAGCCGAGAGCUUCAGUCCUUCAAGGAGAAGCGGCUUCGAGGUGCUCAGUCUAUCUUCCAGCCCCAGGUCCCCAGCACUGCUACCAUCCAACCAGCCACACACUUGCCCCAGAGGGAGAUCAGUAACUUCAAGAUGCGCUCUGCCUUCCCCAGUCGCAGGAGCUACGUGGAAUACAUGCAAAUGAAACUGGUGCGUGGCAUGCGUGUGCGCAUGUUGGAAGACUACGAGAAAGUCCAUGCAGGAGAUGAGGGCGAGUUUCUCCAAACCAAUAAUUUCAUUCCACCUGUCCAGGUCCGUUGGGAAUCUUUGGGCCGUAUAUACUGGGUGCAUUGGCACAUGAUUGAGAUUGCUGAUUCAUCAGGACAGGCAGAACAGAAGGCCCAGGAAAAGGUAUCCAGCCUAACAGAGACUCUAAGACAGAAUACAGUUACGCAGACUUUGUACCGUAAGCCGCUUUGGGGGCUGUACUCCCUGCCAUACUUACAGGAUCAGGUGAACGAGAAUUCUGGGAUUCUGAGCCAAGCUGAAUGGUGGGAGCUGCUCUUCUUCCUUAAGAAGCUGGAACCCCACAAGCAACAGGAAAUUGCUCAAUUCAUUCAAGAGAACCAAAAGCUGUCGGAGCUUGAUGAGGAAGGCCUGAUCCAUCUGUCGGUAUCAGUACAGUUGGCUCAGGAGGUGCUGCAGCUCCUGAGCAAAGAGGGCCAAGGCUGCCCCCAAAGUGACCUGCUGAGUUCUCACGUUGUCCUCAAGUAUUCCUGCAGCAAAGAAGGAGAAGAGCAGAACUGCCAAGAGGUGCACAUGGCCUCACUGCAGCAUGGGGGCCUUUCUGAAGCCCAGGCAUCCCCAAGGCCAGAGAAGGCAUCACUUUCUGCUGAAGUGCCUUCCCCAGCUCCAUCAACAGCAGAGAAAACAGACACACAGCUGAUGAAUGAGCUCCUCAAAGUGGAAGGACUUCCCUGCCCAGGCUCACUUGAUGAGAAAGCCAAAGCUUUCUGCAGUGUGAAGAUGGCAGGGAAGAAAAGCCGCUUGGAGCAGCUGGCAGAUGCCAUGGAGAUGAUCCAGAAGUCCAGUUGUGACAUUGAGCUGCAGAUGGCUGGUCUCAGAUUCAUCACCAAGAUUUUGGAGGAGGAGGAGGAGGAGGAGGAACCUGGGCAAGAGUGGAAAGAGAAAAAGGUCGCCAGAGUAGAAGGUGAACUCGCCCUCAGGGAGAAAAUAGUGAAGAUGCUGGUGGAACUGCUGAGCCAUCGAACAAAGGAGAAACUGUUCCUAGUGUUGGUGCUGCAGAUGCUCUAUGUGCUCAUGGCCAAGUACGACUGGCGGAUACUCUUUGCCACCCAAGGCGGGCUGCGGUGCGUGCUGCGUUGCAUGCAGGAGCAGGCUGCGUCAGCGGUGGUGCAGCAGGCUAGCCUAGCAGUGCUGAAGGUACUAUUGGGUGCUGGGAACUGUGAGCUUCAAGGUCCCAGUAGGAAGCCCUAUCCUCUGAAUCACUCAGAUGCCCAAGUGAUGCAGGAGACCCUGGCCAGUAUCGGCUCAGAUUCCAGCGAAGACUCUAACAACUUGCUCUGUGCCAUCCCGGCUGCUAUCGAGAAGAUGUUGGGCACACCUGGUGCCUUGACAGCAGUUCAGAAUGGGCUCCUGGUACUCAACAAGCUGAUCCACAACCACAAGGGUCUAGCCGAGCAGCUUGGGAGCUAUGACCUCCACUCAGUCCUGCAGAGCUGCUGCCGUUCAGGCCACGGCUCCAAUGAGAUGCUGGCUCAGAUAGCCCUCAACCACCUGGCUGAGCAUAAGCUGCUGUUGAGCCAGGAAAGUGAAGGUUCUGCAGCCUCUUUUAACCUUAAGGAUGUCGAUGUAAGGAAACUGCUGAGCGGCUUAGCCAAGGGCAGCAUUUCCAAGCAGAUGAUGGUGGCCCUGGAGCACUGCCUGUGUGGCAAGGGUGCCUGUUCCGAGGAUAACAGUUGUGAGCUUUUGGCAGAUGUCCUUCUGCUCAAAGACUUGGCACAGCUGGGAUCUGAGAAGGACACUCAACUGGGAGCAUUAAGGCUUUUGAAAAAGUUUUUGGAUGUUUCUCGGAAGGAUGCAGUACCCUGGCAUGAAUGCAUUGAGCCUUGUUUGUCUUCCAUGAAUGCCCACAUAAACGACCGAGAGGUUGUUCAGGAGUCUAUCAAUUUCCUACAUUGCCUGGCCAGUCGCAGCAAAGACUGUGCGGUUGUGAUGUGCGGAAUGGACACAAAGGAUGCCUUGACCAAAGCCCUGGAGAAACACAGUCCCAACCUGCUGUUGGUGGCGGAAUUAAGGGACUUCAUGAGCGAUUGUGAGAAGUACGCCAGGCUGUAUCAGAAGAUGACGGCUAGUGUCCUGGCUGGCUGCAUCCAGAUGGUUCUGUGCCAAAUAGAAGAACACAGGCGAAGUCACCGGCCUAUCAACAUCCCCUUCUUUGAUGUAUUCUUGCACAAUCUGUGUCAAGGCUGCAGCAUAGAAGUGAAGGAGGACACGUGCUGGGAGAGGGUGGAAGUGUCCUCCAACCCCCAGCGGGCCAGCAAGCUGACGGAUGGGAACCCCAAGACCUACUGGGAGUCCAAAGGCAGCACUGGCUCCCACUACAUCAACGUCUAUAUGGAUCGUGGGGUAGUUGUCCAGCAGAUGUCCCUCCUCGUGGCUAAAGAAGAUUCCAGCUACAUGCCAGCCCGGAUUCUGGUCAUGGGAGGGGAAUGCGCCUCCAACAUCAGCACCCAGCUCAAUAUGGUGAAUGUCCCCCCAUCGGCCAGGAAGGUGGUGCUCUUAGAGAACAUGAGUUGCUUCUGCCCCAUCAUACAGAUCAAGAUCAAGCGCUGCCAACAGGGUGGCAUCGACACGCGUGUGCAUGGCAUCCAAGUGCUGGGUUCCAAGCCCACCUUCUGGCCCAUCUUCAAGGAGCAGCUGUGCUGGCGCACCUGCCUCUUCUACACCACCAAGGCACACACCUGGGGCCAGGAGAUCUCAGAAGAUCGGAUGCAGCUUCUGCAGCUCUUCAACAGGCUGAACAGCGCCCUGCGCCAUGAGCAGGUCUUUGCCGAUCGCUUCCUCCCAGACGACGAGGCUGCCCAGGCACUGGGCAAGACCUGCUGGGAGGCCCUGAUCACCCCCCUGGUGCAGAGCAUCACCUCCCCAGACGCCAGCGGCAUCAGCCCCCUCUCGUGGCUCCUGAGCCAGUAUCUGGAGAACCUGGAGGCAGGCCGGAGCAGCAAGAGCCGAGCUGUCGUCUUCAACUCCCGUGUGCGGCGUCUGAGCCACCUGCUGGUGCAUGUGGACUCGAGCAGCUCUGAGGCCGAGGAGCUGAAGCCCCCCGUCAAACCCAACGGGAAGAACGGGAAGAACAAGGAGUUGAGCUCCGGGGCUUUUAAGCCAGUAGUGAAGAAACCCAGCAGUACGACGGGCAUCACGCAGUGCUGGAAAGGGGUGGUCCAGCAGCAGGUGAAGCGGUUCCUGGAGUCCUCGUGGCAGAUGCCCGACUUCGUGGAGCGAUACUGCAACAUCUACCUGCGCCUCCGCACCGCCAUGGAGGAGCUCUUUGGGCAGCAGAUGUCCUUCAUGCUGGCCCUGUGCCAGGGCUUCUCGGGGGGGCUCUUGCAGCUCUCCUUCCUGACUGCCAUGCAUGUGAGCGAGCAGUUUGCCCGUUUCAUCGACCUCUGGAUCCAGGAGAGCUGGGCGGACUCGGGCAACGUGGAGAAGCUGCGGCGCCUGCAGCAGAGCCUGGAGCCCAUCCUCUUCCUCUCGGGCCUGGAGCUGGCCAGCACCUUUGAGCACUUCUACCGGUACUACCUGGGCGAUCGGCUCCUGUCCCAGGGCAAGACGUGGCUGGAGAGGGUGGUGGUGGAGCACAUUGGGCUCUGCUUCCCCAACCGCUUCCCUCAGCAGAUGCUGAAGAACCUGAGUGAGUUGGAGGAGCAGCAGCAGCAGUUCCACCUCUUCCAGCUGCAGCAGCUCGACCAGCACCUGCUGGGACUCGAUCAGGAUGGGGGAGGCGAAGAGGAGGGAGAGAUGAUGGAAGUGGAGCCGUUCCAUCAGGAGGAAGAGGCGGAGGUGAAGGUGCUGGCGUUGUCUCCGCGCUGCUGGACCAUCUCUCCACUCUGCUACCUGGAGGACCCGGCCAGAUUUUUCCCACCUUCCCUCAGUCAGGACCUGGGCAAGUUUGCUGACUUCUACACCCAGAGUCAGAGCCGCUUUGGGCUGGAGCACUCGAAGCCCCGACGCUUACAGUGGACGUGGCUGGGCCAUGCUGAGCUUGAGUACCAGGGUUGCAUCCUGCACGUGUCUACCCUGCAGAUGUACAUCCUUCUCCGCUUCAACGGCGCUGAGGAGGUUUCUUUGGAGACCCUGUUAGAAGCCACAGGCCUCUCCCCUGUCCUCCUGGGCCAUGCACUGAAACCAUUGACAAAGGAGAAUGGGAUCCUCACCCAGAGUCAAAGUGUCUUGAGGCUGAAUGAGGGGACGCUGGCCCAAGUGUCUGGCCAGCACCUUUGGCUGUUGCCCAAACAGACAUACUUGAAUGUGCAAGAGAAUGAGGGCAGCGCUCUGGAGAGGAAGAGGAACACGAUCUGCUGCCUCCUCCUCCAGAUCCUGAAAGAGGAGAAAGAGAUCCACAUUGACAACCUUGUGUUCAGGGUGAUCGAUGCUUGCCAGAAGCUGGAACCCAGCUUAGCUCCGCCAUUGAGCUUCUGUUGCAGUAGCACUGAUGUCCUGGCCUGCAUCCUCCAUCUGCUGAACCAAAACGACAUCCGGCGGCGGGACGACCAUCCGCAGCUCCUGCAGUACAUCUCCACGGAGCUCCCGACCACAACAACACUGCCAAAGAACCAGCCUCAAGUAGCAUUUCAGACUGUGCUGAUCAAAAAGGGGCCCAGCAUGCUCGGCACGGAAAAGAGACAGACUUUCUCUACAUUCAGGUAGAACUAGCUGUUGGCCUACCAUGGUGGGUGUCCUGAACCCUGCUCUGAGGAGAAGGAGGAGGAGGAGGAGGAGGAGAGGGCUGGCCUUGCUCUUCAAGGCCCUGGAGACCCCUCCCCCCGCACAGUGACUCCUGCUCUCCCCACUGGUUUGAGUUACAAUUUCAGCAAGGAUCAAAGCAUGAGCUUCUGCUGAAGUAGUCAGCUGCUUGCCGAAUCAGGCCAGUUGCUGUAAGCAGCAGCCUGUAGGAAGUGGAUGUUUUACCCAGACCAGUUCCAUCUGCCUGGCCCAAGUGUGUCCGUCUGCCAUAAACCACUUGAGAGCAACUAGCGCAUUCUCUGUUCUGAUUCUGUGCACACUGUGCCAACUCUCUGAAUGCAGCAAGAGUGGCUGGUAAGCAGCCACGGCCUCUUCUGAAUGUCCAGAUGGCGCGUGGUUGUAAAACCUAGGCAACUUAGAAGAUUCCCUCUCCAUGCUUCUGUAGCAAUUGCCUUAGAGUGCCCAACUGCCCCCUUUUUCUUACACGGAUUGCCUGACAGAUGUGCUGUGCUGCUGCAUCCUUUCCCUUCCUAGGAACAUGAUCUCUGAUUGAGUAAUGCCUCCAGCCUUAAGGGAGGAGCAUCUCCCAUCCAUUUGCACCUUCAUUCUGCUGUAGGACAAGGUUGUCUCUCAAUGAGCUGGAAAUGAGGGGAGGGGGUGGAGUGUCUCCCUCCUUAGUACUUCUGCCUGAUUGAAAUGGCUUGAGCUCACUGCUCGGAAGGAGGUCCCAGGAUCAGGCUCUGCUUAGUGUCAUUGUUCAAGGAGCCUUGUCUUUGGGCGGGCAAGAGAGACUCGUAUGACAGACUCUCCUAGUAGCAGGAAGAGUAGAAUAGGAGUAGCAGAGGACUGCUUUACCAGUUGCACACAAGCCCGAGGAGCACUGACUCCCCAUGCUCUACGGGGGGCUGCCUUUGAAUGUGGUUCGGGAACUUCACUUGAUUCAAAAUGCAGCGGCUAGAUUGUUCUCUGGGGUGUCUCGGAGAGACCAUAUUGUGCCUGUUUUACAGCAAUUGCAUUGGCUACCAAGAGGUUUCUGGGCAAAGUACAAAGUGAUGGUGAUUACCUUUGAAGCCCUAAACAGCUUGGGACUGGGACACCUAGGAGAGCGCCGCCUUCUGCAUGAUCCCCAACACACAUUGAGGUCACCGAGAGAGUCCGCCUCUGUAUGCCCCUGGCUCAUAUGGCGGUGACUCAGCGGUGGGCCAUCUCUGUAGUCCAGGCCUGCUCAACUUAGGCCCCCCAGCUGUUUUUGAACUACAGCUCCCAUAAUCCCCAGCUACAGUGGCCGAUAGCCAGGGAUUAUGGGAAUUGUAGGCCAACAUCUGCAGGAGGGCCGAAGUUGAGCAGCCCUGCUGUAGUCGCUCCUGGGCCCUGGAAUGUGUUCCCUAUAGAUAUUCGUGGUUUAACAUCUUUACCAGCCUUCAAAAGAGCCCAUGGGACACAUUUUUCCAGCUAGGCUUUUAGUAAUCUCUGAUUGCUUCGAAUCUUUAAACUGCUGUUUUUAUUAGUUUUAUUUUGUUUUUCUUGUGUUUGUGAACCGCCUAGAGCCUUUGGAGUCAGGCAGCAAAAUAAAUAAAUAAAUAAAUAAAAUAUU